UUCACUUAUUCUAAAGACCAAGUUACUCCUUGGUGUUCUAAUGGAUCUCAGACGAUUUGGUAAACUAUUCUGCUUGGUUGUAUUGUGGAAAAUUUGUUGCUGUGAUGAUGAUGAAGAUGUAUGUCUGUUGAAACCAGAACGAGGUCGUUGUCGUGCAGCUAUUCGUUCAUACUAUUAUGAUUCAGCCUCUAAUGAAUGCAAGCAGUUCAUUUAUGGUGGAUGUGGCGGUAAUGGGAAUCGAUUCUCUACAAUAAAGGCAUGUGAAGAUGAGUGUAAAGAUAUUUGUCUCUUGAAGCCGGAACCUGGUAUGUGCAGAGCUUAUUUCCCUUCAUUCUACUAUGAUCAAAGCUCUAAUGAGUGCAAAAAAUUUGUUUAUGGAGGAUGUGGUGGUAAUGAAAAUCGAUUUACUUCAAAAGAGACCUGUGAGGAAACAUGCAAACUUGAUUAGAUUUUGCAUAGAGCUGAAAGAGGCAUAAUUCGAUGUUGUUAUAUGCCAUUUGCCUGGCUUAUUUAAAGCAUGUGUUCAAAUAAUUAUACCUGUGAUGAUUUUGGUAUUAUCUAAUCUAUUUAAUCUUUUUGGCAUGUGUUGUCGCUUGUUAGUGUUGUGUUAUUUGAGCUACACUUUCAAUAAAUAAUCUAGAAAUUUAUUUUAC